AUGAAUGGGAAAAUCCAGCUUCAGGUUCCAAAGAUGAGAAGUUCAAGGAAAACAAAGCCAACGAAAUCUACUGGUAAUAAAAACGGAGAAACUGGACGAGCCAAUCAAAAUCAAGGCCAACAUAACAAUGUUGCAAGCUCACCAUAUAUGGUAACUGCCACUUUGAUAGUCCCUGUCGCAUGCGUUGCCAUCUUCUACGUCAUUAAUCAACCUCCACCUAUCAAGCUAUCAAUCAACAGUCAUUCAACCUAUCCCCUUUCAGCGGAAGUCAGUGGAUGGCAGCGCGCGAGCGUCGAGGAGGAAAUAAAAUUCAACACGAAUUUCUGCACGAUUGAAAGAAGGAAUGCAUCAAGUUUGACUUCUGAAGAGUUUGAACAAGUUUACAGGUAUAGGAAACCCUUAAUUGUGCAUUUUAGCAACGGUGCAGCUGAUUGGACAGAUCCAAUGAAAUGGACAAAAGCCAGUUUGCGGAAGUUGUAUAGUCAAUGGUCUAUUCUGAGCGGAACAUCAGAGGACAUAGUACGAAGAGGAGGGAAUGGAGACAAAGAGACGUCCUUUGAUGAAUAUUUAGAGAUAAUGCAUAGAAAGAAACACAACGACGAACCCAUGUAA